GUAGCACUGCUCGCAGAGAACAUUAUUGUUUCUUCCAUUUGGCAGUAAGUUAUUGAGGCCUAUUGAAAAUUUAUUGUCGAGAGCAGUGAAAUUUGUGGAAAAAUACUUAUUUUCCGUUUGGGAAAAACGUCCAACGCGAAAUUAAAUAGUGCUUAAAAUCGCUUAAACAUCGAGAGCGGUUUCACUGACUUUCCUGUAAAAGUUCCGACAAAAGUGUGCGUUGCGUCUUAUUCGCGAAAGGCAGUCUGAUUAGCCGUGAACAAGAGAGCAAAAGUUGUAAAAAAGGGGAGAAAUUUAAGUGUUUGCUAUUCAUUAAGUGCUGAAAAGGUCUUGAAGACUUUUGACAGCUUUAUAACGACCCUAGAGGUGUUACAGAACUGCUGUCGAAAAUCCGGAUUUUAAAAGAAAAUCAUAGUCAUUGUGCAAAGACUGCGCUGCUUUUGUAUUUCUUCCAUUUGAGCUGUAUAUCGCCACUACGACAAAAUGAGUGGCGGCAUGCCGGAGCUGGGCUCAAAAAUCAGCCUAAUAUCUAAGGCCGAUAUUCGAUAUGAGGGUCGUUUAUACACCGUGGAUCCUCAGGAGUGCACAAUUGCCUUGUCAAGUGUGCGUUCCUUUGGUACGGAAGAUCGAGAAACUCAAUUUCAAAUUGCACCGCAAAGUCAAAUUUACGAUUAUAUUCUGUUUCGCGGUACCGACAUCAAAGAUAUACGAGUGAUAAACAAUAGCUUGCCUCAUCCAAAUGAUCCCGCUAUUAUGCAAGUACAAUUACCAAAUGGACAACACGUGAUGCCACAUUUAUCUAUGCCAAGUAUGAAUCCACAAGUACCACCGAUGGGUGCUGUGGGAGCGUAUGGAAACCCUUUCGGCUCAAUGGGAGGGUUAGGUGCGAUUGGUGGAGCUAGUGGAAGCGGCGCUGUCCCACCGUCCUUAGCACCAGGGUCUGGUGCUCCGGGACCAUUUAUGAUGGGUAAUCAACAAGUACCGCCUCAGCAGAAAUUAUCACAAGGACAGCAAUCACAAGCACAACAGCAGCAAAAACAACCAAGCAGUAAUACAGCAGAUGCAAACCCUUUGAGCACUUCGUUGUUAACAACAGUUGAUAAUGUGGGCUCGCAAUCAACUUCUAAUAUAAACAACAGUAAUGCGAACAAUGCAAAUAACGCCAAUGCAAACAACAAAAUAGGCAUCAGUUGUGCCAUCGAUAACAACAACGUUGGUCUAUUGGGCAUUGGUCUCAGUUCAGGUGGCGGUCUUCUAAGUAACAUAGGCUUAGGUGGAGGUAGUGGCGGAAGUGGCAAUGGAAUUAUUGGUAACGCGACUUCCAAUCCUGCUAUAACGCCCUAUACGGCUGCUUCAGUUUCCACAACCAAGAAAAUACCAAAUACAUCGGCCCUAAAUGAACACAAAGACCAAGUUUCCGUCAUAGACAUGCUAGCUGGAGCUUCGCGAUCAACCACCCCCAUCAGCUUGAUAUCGCGAAAAAGCCCUUCGGCAGACAUCGGCGUUCAGGUUAAUCAACAACAGCAAGCCCAUCAACAACACAACCACAACAAUCAAAAUCAACAACAAGCCCAUCAUCAUCCGAAUCAACAUCAAAACAAUGCUGGCCACGGUGGUCAGUCGCGUGAUGCUGGACAUAAGCGACCAAAUUAUCAAAACCAACGUAAUGGAGGCGGCGGCGGUGGUAACAACCAGCGCAACAAUGCCCGCGAUCGCCGUGAUUCGGGUCGAAUGAUGGACAAUUAUCAUAACAAUCAUGAUGGCGGCGGACGUAAUCCGUACAAUCAACGUGGCAACAACCAGGGUAAUCCAAAUCGAAACAACUGGAAUAUGCAUCGUGGAAAUAUGCCCAAUAACAUGCGUAACAAUCGUGGCAUGCGUUCCCAAAUGAUGAGCUUCAGAUCGACCAGCGGGCCCGGUGGAAUGCAAAAACCUCCUCGCAAUCCCAUCAAGUUUGAACAGGACUUUGAUUUCGAACAAGCAAAUAACAAAUUUGAAGAACUUCGCUCUCAAUUGGCAAAACUUAAGGUGGGCGAUGAACCCAAAUCAGAGCAGUGUUCUUCGCCUACUCCUACUACUUCGCAGAUGAAUGGAGAAACAGAUAAAAAAGAUGAUUCUGGGAAUGAGACCGGUGCUGGCGAUCACGAGCCCGAGGAAGAGGAAAUUACUGUGGGCUAUGAUAAAACAAAAUCAUUUUUUGAUAACAUUUCUUGUGAAACGGCCCAAGAUCGUGCUAAGAAUAAAAAUUAUGAUUGGCGUCAGGAACGCAAGUUGAACAGCGAGACAUUUGGUGUUUCAUCUACAAGACGUGGAGGAUAUCGCGGUCGUGGUAACAGCUAUUACAGCCGUAAUGCGGGCAACUAUAAUGGUGGUGGUGGCGGCGGUGGAUACAAUCGCGGCUAUCGCGGAAACAAUAAUUACCGCAAUCGUAGCAACAAUCGUAACAAGAUGCAUAACCGAGAUGCCAACAAUGCAAAUGGCAACAUGAACGCUCCCAAUAGCAAUACAACUAAUCCCGCUGGUAGCAACGACUCAGCAGCUAACUUGAAAACCCAAGCACAACAACCAUCAACGCCAAGCUCAUCGUCCGCUGCCAACACUAACACAGCGUCUUCAUCAAAAACGGUGUCGUCAGCAUUAGCAGAUACUAAAAAUCAACCUCAAAUGGCUGCUGUUGGUGCAGGUCAAUAAUCCUUUGUGGACAAUUUGAUGAGAUCCCACACUAAAUAAAGAAAGCAUCAAUCAAGGAAUUCAUUUUUAUAACAAACCCAACACACGAAAAAUACUUUACAUUUAUCGAAGGUAUUUUUAAACUGCUGACGUCCUUCUCCCAUCUAUGAAAAAUACGAACCUAAGAAUUUAUAUGUAAAUUAAAAAAGAAAGAAAAAAGAAAACAAAAAAGGAUAUAUUAACUUUUUAACAUUACUACUUUAUAUUUAAAUGUAAAGAAGAAAAGCCAAUCAAGUGACAUGUAAUAACUUGAAUGAAUAUAAAUUUUUAAACAAUCAUUUAAAUAUGGGUAAAGCAAGGCGGCACACAUUGGAAUCAUACAUACAUACGGUUACAUACAAUACAAAACAAACAAAAAACAUUUUAAGUAUGUUAAAAUAAUAGUUUUAAAAACAAAACAAAAGAAGAAAAAAAAAACAAUAACAAAAAGAGAGGAUAAUAAGAAAAAACAUUUAUAUAUUGAAUGAAAUUUUCCAAGAAUUUUAAACAAAGAAGAGAUAUAAUGUAACUGAAAAUAAUUAAUAUAUAUAUGAAAAUUGUAGAACUACUAAAUGAAAGAAAUAUUACGAAAAUAAUUAAAAAGAAAAGAGAAAAGCAAAACAAGAAUGAUUAAUAAUACAAUGAUACACACGUCUACAACAAUAUUUUUAUAAACUAAAAAAAGAUAGUAGGGGAGCACUAGGAUGAGUAGAACGUUUCUGCCAAGAUUUUUUAGAAAUAAAAAUUGUGACUUUUGUUUCGAAAGGGUGGAAUAGCAUUUAUUGGAGCAGACAGCUAAUAAAUAAAAAUUCAACAUUUUUGAGUAUACAUACAUAUAUAUUUAUUAUAAAACCAACCAACCCAAUCCCCAUGUCAUUUGUUAGCAGAAAAUAUAAUAUUUAUUUAAGGCAAAGAUCAAAUAAAGAAAGUUUAUAAAA